AUAUAUAUAUUAUUUGGUCUCUUGUUUUUCAUUGGUCGGCGCACACGUGGCUCAAUCAUGGCACUUUCUGCAAGAAGGGACGAACUCAAACGUGUCCCCUGGUUUUCUCCGUACGAGUGGCACGCUGUUUACAAACAAAUUUAUUCUAAUGACACCGAACAGCAGACGAAAGGUUAUGAGACACUGUUGGUGUGGAAGGCCCGACUGCCGAAGCUUCCAGUGGGCAUCGAAUGCACCCUUUCCUUGAUACAAGUCUGCUUGCGAGAUCGUUCGUGGACACCCCAGAUAAAUUCCAAGGCGCUCCCCAUGCACUACGAGAACGAUCUCUCUCUUAUGUAUGCCACUACAAUAAUGCGAUUCCUGAAUCAAAUCUCAAAUAUCGGCCCUACGAAGCAGUCUUCUCUCUUCCAAAUAGCAAAACAGUUGAAAAUCCCGGAGUGGAUCGUCAACCUGCGCCACGAUGCAGCUCACGGUCACGAUUUGUCCUCAAUCACACUUUUAAGAAUGGCCUCCAACAUCCUGCUCAGAUGGCUCCAUGACGAGUACUGGGCACCAGAAGCUCAAGUCCUCGAAAAACAAAACGAGAUAAUAGAACUCGAGGAGAUUGAAAACUUCGAGUGCCUCGUUGAUCUGAUUGAACUCUGGAUGUCAAUCGGUCUUUAUAUGGAGUCCGAAUUCUCGGUCGUCGCGGAUCUCCCUGAUGACCACCUCAGAAACACUCUCAUGGACUUCCAUUCUCAUACGAAAAUGACAAAACGAGAUCUGGAUACGAGCAUACCUUCAGAACACCUUGACGAACGCACUUACCGUCUCAAAACAGCUAGAUCUCAUUUAUUUACGGAAAUAUCCAACGAACUUCGUCGGAAAAAAGACCAAAAAACCCCAGGAAAAAUCAUCACCGACCUUCUGGUUAAUUGUGAAGUGUUCCUGGCCAGUUCCGAGAUUCUAAGUCUUUUUACAGAAAAAUCUAACGUCAAUGAGAAGCAUGAAAAACUACCUAGAAAAAUGAUCGCAUUUUGGCAACCAAUAAUUGCACUCCUCCAUGAGACGAAAGUCCUGGAGAUGCUGAGCAUGAAGUUGAUUGACGUUGUCCAUUCUAGGGAGAGCUCUUUCCAGAGUAAUCAAAAGAAAAUAUCUGCAAGUUUAUGGCUGAAGGCCAUUGCCCAGAGUUUUGUUAAACUUAGGAUUGCGCAGAGAGAGGGGGAGAAGUUUGAAUAUUCUCAGGGCAGGGGUAAGAAGAUUCCUCAAAAGGUCAUAAAUAAAAAGUUGGAGGGAAUUAUUAAUAAGAAAGUCCAGGAUUUAAAGGAUUCCCCGUGGCUAGGAUUGAAUACUGACGUACCCAGGAUUUUUAGUGAUGAGAGUUUUACUGAAGACAUUAUAAUUCAAGCCAAUGAGUACACGUCGAUUUUUAUUGCAGAGUUCUUGGAACUGGUCAGGCCUGAGAUUAAUUCGGAGAAGAAGAAUAGUUUGCUGGAAUUUUUGAGAAUUCAGAGUGCAGAGGUGAUUGAUGAUGAUAGGGAUAAUGAUGAUGUCGUGUACACUCUUCAAGACUUCAAAGAAAUUUGUGGAGAUAUAGAAGUGGGUGAUGAACAAGUGCCUGGAGAGAACUCUGCAGAUGAAGAAGUCAAGGAUUCAGGUUGGACGAUGGCUCCAAGAGAUUUCAAUUGGGGAGAUUGUGUCUUUGGGGUUCUUCCCUGGCAGAUCAACUCGUUGCAGACUCUGGAAGGUGCAGUGGAACCUAAAGUUGUUUGUCCAAAUGAUGAGGGUGAUAUUGUCCCGGGGAUUGUUCAGGUGAGUGACUUGGCGAGGAAGAGAGUCAACUGGGAGAAAGUCUUCAGGAAAAGUCAGAGGGGCAAGAGAAGGAGAAAAAGGGAAGCUGAUAAGGUAGUGGAUAAAGCUAUUCAGAUUGUAAAGAGCCGGAAGAUGUAAGCA